AUGUUCUCUGUAACUUCCUUUCUCGCGGUUGCGCUCGCUGGCGGGGCAUCAGCUUUCACACCAUCUGGUUUUACGCCAGCUUCAACUAAUAAUCUUACCGUUGCAUAUGGUUCUAAGCUUGCCAUGAAUGGGAUACAAGUAUUACGAGCCGACACAUCCAGAGCUCCCAUUCUCGGUACAACCACCAAAAUGACAGGCAGUUAUACCGUAAUGAUGGUAGAUCCUGACAUUCCACCCGCAAAAUCUGGAGGUGAUACAUCUCAAUUCCUUCACUGGAUGCAAACCGAUCUCACAUCCGCCAAUACCACUACCACUAUCGGUGGUCAAAAAGUUUACGAAUUGAUCAACGUAAAAAACACUUCCGCAUUCGCCACAUAUCUACAGCCAAAUCCACCUAAUAUCGCACCAACUACUCAUAGAUAUACUCAGCUCUUGUUCAAUACGACGAAUAUGAAUAUGAGUCUGACCACUCUUCAAACUUCGGGGAAGGCUCGAGGAAACUUCAGUUCGGCGGAUGUAGUUAAAAGAGCAAAGCUGAUGGUUUUGAUGGGAAACUCAUUUGAUGUUUCAUUUGGAGAUAAGGCAAUGAAUACUACAGGUGCAACAACUGGAACUUCGACUGGGAAUUCGACCAAACCUACCUCGACAGGUACAGCAACCUCAACUUCCAAUUCCAGUUCAAUCUCCAAUUCCACCUCAUCUACUACGGGUCUUGCACAGAGUACGGGUGGGGCAGCGGGGGUUAGAAGUGGAGAUGGAGUUCUCCUUGCAGGACUUGGAGCAAUAGCCGCGGCUGUUGUGCUGUUGUAG